CUUCGAAACGCACGCGCAGACACUAUAGCUUACCCCGCAACUCGAGGACCUCGGCAUCUUACGGCCAUGGAAUGCUCAUCAUCGCAACAAGCCUGAUCUAAAAAGAAAGGAAUAGAAGUUCUUCUUCAAGAUACCGCCUCGUACAACCAACUGGAUAAACAUCUUGCGAACCAAGGACCACUACAGACGUUCUGAAAUGUCUCAACCAUCGCAACCUGUCGCCCUGGUCGUUGGCGCAUCUCGCGGCAUUGGCCGUCAAGUCGCUAUUGACCUGGCUAAAAAUGGGUUCAAAGUCGUUGUGGCAGCUAAAUCCGUUAGCGAUGCGACAAAGAUGUCUCCUUUCCCCCCCGACCCAAAUUCUAAACAGUCAACUAUUACCACUGUAGCUCGCGAAAUCCGUGAAGCUGACGGAGAAGCAACGGCGAUCCAGGUUGAUACGAGAAGUCCUGAAAGCAUCAAGAAUAUGAUUGAGUCUACGGUGAAGAUGUACGGAUCACUGGAUGUGUUGAUUUAUAACUCAGGCGCCAUUUGGUGGUCCUCGGUUGAAAAAACGCCCCUACAGCGCUUCCAGCUCCUUUCCAGUGUGAACAUGGAAGGCUUAUACGCUACUGUCCAGGCUGCGUUUCCGUAUUUCGAGCGUAACGGCUGGAAGGGCCGGAUCAUAGUAGUCAGCCCCCCCAUCUACUCUCGCUUCUUCAGAGGAAAGACAGCGUAUGCAAUGGGAAAGGUCGCAAUGUCUGUACUUACAAAAGGAUUGGCCAUGGACUGGAGAAGAGAAGGUAAGAAAGACAUGGCCAUCACCAGCAUCUGGCCUGCUGUGGGUAUUCAAUCAGCAGCAACGCCUGACCCAAAGCUGCUGUCUGACUUGAGAACGCCGACAAUCUUCUCGGAUGCCAUCCUAGAGAUGCUAAGGACGCCCCCAGAACAGAUCAGCGGAUGUCUUGAGCUUGACGAAGAUUUUCUCCGUAAGAGAGGAGUAACUGAUUUCUCCAAAUACAGCGUGGUGCCUGGCGCAAAUCCGCGACGGAUGCUCCCAGCUACACUUCCAGUAUUAACAGUGCCGGAAGAGGACGAGGAGGUGUUUCGCGUCGAUAGCACAAAGACAAAAUCCAAUUUAUAGACGGAGGAUAUGUCAAGGACCUGAUGUAUAAGUUAUUCUUAAGAAUUUUGCUAUUAAGUUCUUAUAUCACAGUGCGUCAUUACUAGGAAUGGUAGUCAAGACAAUAGUUGUAUCCCUGAAUAUGAGUAUAUGACUCAGUUAGGGUUUCCUUAUGAUUAAGCAUUAUUGUAUUUAGGGAAUGACCAUCGAGACUACGCUCUAUCUGAGAGUUUCUCUAAAACUUUUGAAAAGUUGGUCAGGCAUUUCGUGAGCGUUCAGGCGAUCAAUUAUGCCUCACAAACAAGACAACAAGGUAAUCUACUAUUGUAAAUCACCGAUAGGCCAAGCCU